AUUUUAAUCACGGCCCACUCCACGUUUCCUCGUUUCCCCUUUAAGCAGGACCAGCGUGGUCUCAAGGCUGUAAGGAGUUGGGCUGCAAUUGGCUAAGCUGCGUUUCGAGUCGGCGGGACGAUUGGCUGAGGCUACAGGCCUCCGGCAGCAUCCCCCCACAGGAUUGGUAGGGCUCACCCAGAGCCCGCCUCCCGCGCUACCGACGUUGACCCAGAUCGGGAGGGGGAAAGGGCUGCAGGAGCUGGGGGGCUGGGCGCGCGCCGGCGGAACAUGGCGACGGCGGCGGACCUCGCUGAGAUUCCCGAUGUGGACAUCGACUCCGACGGCGUCUUCAAGUACGUGCUGAUUCGAGUCCACUCGGCGCCCCCUUCCGACGCCCAAGCCGCGGAGAGCAAAGAGAUCGUGCGCGGCUACAAGUGGGCCGAGUACCACGCUGACAUAUACGACAAGGUGUCAGGCGAGAUACAGAGAAGGGGUUACGACUGUGAGUGCUUGGGCGGCGGGCGGAUCUCCCACCAGAGCCAGGACAAGAAGAUCCACGUGUACGGCUACUCCAUGGGCUAUGGGCGUGCCCAGCACUCCAUCUCGACAGAGAAGAUCAAGGCCAAGUACCCUGACUACGAGGUUACAUGGGCUGAUGACGGCUACUGAAGGCCUGGGCCCAGCCGCCCCCGACAGCCAUGCCAAAAUGCUCUGCCCCUGCCCAAGCCGCCCUCCUCGGGGGUCAGGCCAGCCUCGCCUCUGACCCCAAGUGGUGUGCUGUCCCUGUCGGGCCCUAGAAAUAAGACAGCCUGGGCCCCAGGGCCACCCAGAGGAAUUAAAAGUGUUGUCACCGCUGCCUGGUUCCUGGACUUUGUCUCAUGGCUUCCCUACCCCUGCCCAGCUCCUAAAACCCCAGCUCAGCCCAGAUCUCAGACAGAAGCAGGUGGGUGGCAGGGAGGAGGGGUCCCUGGCAGUGGGCCCAUGCUGGCUGCCCUUCCCCUGCUCCCUCUGCCUCCAGAGGCCCUGGGGUGCUGAUGCACACUCAGCCCUUUGGGGUUUGCUCAGGGGCCCAGCACGCAGCUGCUCCUCUACCCCAGUUUAUGGCCUGAUUGCCCCUCACACAGCAGCUAUCCCCAAGGACGUCUGGGAGAGGCCUCGUGAUCCUUGCGCAAGGAGUCAGUGCUGGCCCCUCGGGUCUGCUGCACGGCCACAGGAGGCCUCGCUGCUGUCCCCCGAGAUCCCACAGGAAUGAGCACCACAAUCCCCUGCUUCU